GUUAACAUUAAGGAUAAAGUACUUGAAUUACUGAUGUAUUUUACGAAGCAUUCAGAUGAAGAAGUACAGACAAAAGCCAUUAUUGGCCUUGGAUUUGCAUUUAUACAACACCCAAGUUUAAUGUUUGAACAGGAAGUGAAGACUCUGUACAACAGCAUCCUUUCAGAUAAGAACUGUUCAGUAAACCUAAAAAUCCAGGUGUUAAAGAACCUGCAGACCUACUUGCAGGAGGAAGAUACGCGUAUGCAGCAGGCAGACAGAGACUGGAAAAAAGUAGCAAAGCAGGAAGACCUGAAAGAAAUGGGUGAUAUUUCCUCAGGGAUGAGUAGUUCCAUCAUGCAGCUAUAUCUCAAACAGGUUCUUGAGGCUUUCUUUCAUACCCAGUCCAGUGUACGCCACUUUGCUCUAAAUGUCAUUGCACUGACGUUAAACCAGGGUCUCAUCCAUCCUGUUCAGUGUGUGCCAUACUUAAUUGCUAUGGGCACAGAUCCAGAGCCCUCUAUGCGAAACAAAGCUGACCAGCAGUUGGUGGAAAUAGACAAAAAAUAUGCUGGGUUCAUUCAUAUGAAAGCAGUGGCCGGUAUGAAGAUGUCAUACCAGGUACAACAGGCAAUUAAUACCUGCCCAAAGGAUCCUGUAAGAGGUUUUAGACACGAUGAAUCAUCCAACGCAUUGUGUUCACACCUAUACUCCAUGAUCCGAGGGAACCGUCAACACAGACGAGCAUUUUUAAUUUCUUUACUCAACCUCUUUGAUGAUACUGCAAAAACAGAGGUGAAUAUGCUCUUGUACAUAGCAGACAAUCUAGCCUGUUUUCCUUAUCAAACACAGGAAGAGCCACUGUUUAUAAUGCAUCAUAUAGACAUUACACUAUCAGUUUCUGGUAGCAACCUACUACAGUCAUUUAAAGAG